AUGAGAGCCACACUGUGCGCGCGCGCCAUCAUCAACCUGCUCUCGCGCGCUGUGAUGGAGAAAGGAAAUGAUGAUUAAAGGGAAGUGAUGACUGACAGCACAGGAAGUGCGCUGUGUUCUUUUCAGAGUUUAGGAAAUGCACUUGAGAUGGAAGCCGAGCCGCGCGGUUCCGGUGGCCGCGCUCGCGCUCCUCAUCGUCGUCGCCUUUCUGCACUCGCACCUGCUGAACGGAAACGUGAGAGCGCGCGUGAAGAAGCCACCCUCCUCCUCCUCCUCUUUUACCUCCAUCCCCUUCUCCCCUAUCUCUACUGUGACCGGCGCGCGAGGACAGCGGAGGGUCCAGCUCGAGGACGUGUUCAUCGCGGUGAAGAGCACGAGACACAACCACCGAAACCGCCUCGCGCUCCUGCUGGAUACCUGGAUCUCCAAGACUAAAGAGCACACAUAUAUCUUCACAGAUAUCACAGACAAGGAGAUCAGCUCUAGAGGGUUCAACAUCAUUGUCACCAGCUGUUCUCCUGAACACACUCGUGAGGCUCUCUCCUGUAAGAUGGCUGCUGAGUAUGAUCACUUCAUGGCAUCUAAUAAAAAGUGGCUGUGCCAUGUCGAUGAUGAUAACUACCUGAAUCCAGGUGCGCUGCUCUCUCUCCUCUCUGAAUUCUCAUUGGACAGAGACGUGUAUGUGGGUAAACCCAGUCUGAAUCAACCAAUCGAAGCCCAGGAGCUGCUGCCUAGCAACAAGACUCGUGAUGUGCAGUUCUGGUUCGCUACAGGAGGGGCGGGGUUUUGUCUCAACAGGAAGUUGGCAGAGAAGAUGGCUCCAUGGGCGAGCGGCUCCAGGUUAUUACACACCUCAGCUGUAAUCAGACUUCCUGAUGACUGUGUGAUCGGAUUCAUUGUGGAGAAGCGAGUGGGCGUGUCCAUGAUCCACAGUCAGCUGUUCCACUCUCACCUGGAGAACCUCCUGCUGCUCACACCUGCACAGAUCCUCACACAGGUUACUCUGAGUUAUGGCCUGUUGGAGAAUAAGAUGAACAGUGUGUGGCUGAUGGGAGGUUUCAGUACAGAGGACGAUCCCUCCAGGUUUAAAACACUACACUGUUUCCUGUACCCUCUGACCAGCUGGUGUCCACCCCCAUGAAAACACUUAAAUACCCACAAUCCCCUGGAGGAUAAUAUAACACACACAUACACACUGAGGACAUGCACCAUGUGUCUCUGAGUUACUGCAUCCAUACAUUACUGUGUUCCAGAGUCACUGUGUUCCAGAGUCACAGUGUUCCUGAGUCACUGUACCCUAAGUCACAGUGUUCCUGAGUCACUGUGUUCCUGAGUCACUGUGUUCCUGAGUCACAGUGUUCCUGAGUCACUGUACCCUGUCACAGUGUUCCUGAGUCACAGUGUUCCUGAGUCACAGUGUUCCUGAGUCACUGUACCCUAAAUCACAGUGUUCCUGAGUCCAUGUGUUGCUGAGUCACUGUACCAUGAGUCACUGUACCCUGAGUCACAGUGUUGCUGAGUCACUAUGUCCCUGAGUCACAGUGUUCCUGAGUCACUGUACCCUGAGUCACUGUGUCCAUCUCACUGUGUCCCUGUAUAAGUGUCCCAGUGUCCCUUGUGUUAAUUCCUGCCUGAUCAUGGUGUUUAAUCCCACAUGAGUCUGAAGACUGAUUUAAUGAGAAGAUCUUCCAGGAAAGUGUGUGUUAGAGGUCAGAGCAUCUCAGGCAUCUCAUCCAGAAUUCACACAGAUCUUUGGUUCUGCUGGAGAUCUUCUAUAUGUUCACCAGAAGAAAACACCUCAGACCAAGCGUUAAUCAAUCUGGAUUAUUCAGGCUGAUUGAUCCGGAUUAUUCAGGCUGAGUGUGAACAUGUUCUGAAACCCAGAGACACACCUGCUUCCUUAUUCCUGCUUUAAUGAUGGAUCUGUUCACAGAUUGGAGCGGAUUUUAUAACAUUCUACUGAAGGCUUCAGUAUUCACACUGCUAACAGAGCACUCUGUGUGUGUGUGUGUGUGUUUAGACUGGAAUAACAGUGAAACCCCUAAUUCAGUUUCAGCAGGAACACAAACAUACACACACACACACACGUGUAUGGAGUGUAAGAGAGUGUGUAGUUAAACCACUGUGUGUUGUACAGAGACAGUGUGUUCAAAAAAUGUCAAUAAAUUAUUUUUUUAAAA